AGCAUGGUAAUUUUGGUAGUUUAUAAUUUUAUAUGGUUCCUUCUUAUGAAUUUUUUUUUUUUGGCUUCAAACAUUUGUUUAUUUGUGUAAUUUACAGUAGAAAUAAUGUUCUAUAGAUAGUUAAUUACUCAAACGGAAAAAAAUGUUUAUUUAUUUGAUCAAGCCGAGCUUAGUAUAGUAGAUUUUUGGAGCUAGUAUUUGAAAUUCGGAUAUGUUUCUAAUCUAAGUUGAACUUCACUCCUUAAAAUUGCAUAGACUUGACUUUGCUUAUACUGGAAUCGUAUUCUUUUUGUUGUUGGGUGAUCACUGUCAAUUAUAUUUCUUGAGAAACUACUUAUGAAUAGGAAAAUAUAUGUAAUAGUUAUUUAUUUGUGAUAAAGGAUGAAAUUUCAAAGCUUUGAAUAUAAGCUACUUAAUUUUCGAUUUUUGGUUAGUUGUGUUGAGCUGGCGAUCAAAGUUUUGUGCUAUUAUAAGGUUGAUUGUUUGAAAAAAAGGGUUGAUUAUUAUUUGAAAGGGAAUGGUUUUAGAUCCAGUACUUUACCUGUUUGAAAGACGAUGAAUAUCUGGUAGUAUCAAAUGCUGGAUCGGUGGAUGGUUUAGUAAGAUGGAUUUUAUGGCCAAGUGAUUCUAAGUUUGAUAGAUUAUCAGGAAUUGCUGAAGAUUGAGCUGAGAAAUUGAUGAAGAUGAGAUGGUUUAUAUUCUUCCCAUUGGAAAUUCCAUGGAACUUGUUCACUUUAUUGGUUUUCUUCCAAUACUUUAGGAAGCAUAAUUGACAAUUUCUAAGUGGGAGAGAACAUUAAUGACAGUUAACCUCCUCAGAUGGAAGCCCAAGUAUCUGAAUUUCUUUUAAUCUUGUCCCAGCUGUUUAAUUCUGUUAGUACUCUUGAAGGGGCAAAUAGACUAUUCUGUCAUUGCUGGUGAUUGUUUACUGUAGUUAACUCUAAACACUAAUUACAAUUCACUGACCAAAACCCUUACUGGAAAAGGGGAGUAACGGCAUUAUUUGCCACUUAUUUCUACAUAACUUAAAAGAACUUGAUUACCUACUGAAAUAUCAUUCUCUUUGUUUUACAUGACUGGUGUUAGAUUUCUAGUGGAUUUGGGAUAUUGCUCUUUCUCCUUAAAUUUAAUUGAAUGCUAUAAGUAGCUCUUUUGUAUCUGUUACUGUUUUCCUUUGAUUUUUUUUUUUUAUAGUUUUCUGAUGUUGUUUGAAAAUAUGAUGAGUCAAAGUUACAUCUGUCUGAAAUAGGAAGUAUCAAUUCUUGCAGUAGGAUGAGUAUUUAGUGGUUGGCUGAUCAUUAUGAUUAAAUUGAAGCUUCAAAAGUCUUUGUUUUGGCUGUCUAGUUUUUAUUGUCUUUUAAUUUUCUUGAGUUGGGAUUCUCAUGUAAAGGCAUUGUACUGCUGCUUGAUUCUUGUGUUUUAUUCCAAUUUACACACAUAUAUCAAGAAAAAAAAUUUCUAGUCUUGUUCAGAAUGCAUCAGUGGGUAGAAUUUGUUAUCUGGUUGAUGGCUAGUAUUUCAUGUGCUAAUUUGGUUUCCCAGAGAAGUAAAUUGUUUCUGGCCAUAGUUUUAUUGGUAUGAAUCACUUAUGCUUGUUCUGCUUCAAAUAUGUUGGUUAAACAUAGGAAAGGCUAUUAUAUUUCUUACUUUUAGUAUCUUACAGGAGCAAAUAACAAGAUUGGCUGAAACAGAGACAUCACCAUUCGUGCAGUUUACCGUUUGGAUAUGGGAUGGUUCUAGGUACUCUGGUAUGCUAUGCAUGGCCUUAUCAUCUAUUAUCUACUGUAUCAUGGAAGUUCUUUCAGAUGUUUUCACUGCUCAAUCAAUUCCUCUUUUUGAGAUGGCAUUUACCAGAUGUACAGUUAUUUUGAUUUUGUCGUUUGUAUGGUUGAAAAGAAGCAGACAGCCAAUAUUUGGUACAUCAAGUGUCAGAAAACUAUUGGUUCUAAGAGCAUUCAUGGGAUACCUCUCAUUGUUGAGUUUUAUUUAUUGCAUUCAAAGAGUACCUCUUUCUCAGGCAAUCAUGUUGAACUUUACUACUCCAAUUGUGGCUGCAGUUGCUGCAAGAGUCAUAUUGCAUGAGAAGUUAAAAAUUGCAGAAAUAGGAGGUCUUGCUUGCAGUUUCUUUGGCGUACUUUUUAUCUUCCGGCCAGUGCUCAACAUACAAGGUAAACAAGCGAGUUUGUGGAGCUUCUUAUGUAAUUCUAUGAGACUGGCUUCUUGAAGAAGGAAUGCAACUUAUUAAUUUUGAGUAUCGAUAUUCCCAUGUACCUGCAUUUUCAUUUUCCUUAUGUUUGUUUCAACUUCUAUAACAAUGAUCACAUUAUACAGAACACAACCUGUUAAACUGAGUCAAGUAAGCAUAUUUCUCUAAAUAUAUGGAAAGAUAUAUUUGCAGCUGUCAUUUCUGCCUAGUGUAAAAGCCUGAUGACAUAUUAAAAGCUUAGUGUACUUAGUGCAUGGAUCUUCAAACCUUAUCUUAAUGCCAACUUAUCAGAAUACAAAAUAUUUCUAGCUAUGCAAUCCUUAUGCAUCUUUGACAUGGGUAAUUCCAUUUUAUUCCUCAAAUUUAGCAUCCAAGAGUUCAAGGAAGCUAGAUAUUUAAUUGCUUUUUAAUUAAAAAUAAGAAUAAGCUGGAUCUUGGAAAUAGUUCUAGAGAAAGAAAUAAAAAAAGUUCAAGCUGUUAUCAAGAUUUGACAAACUUUAGCGUGAAACUGGGAUACUAAAUGCAAGAAGUAAUAGAUACUUCUAUGGCACUGUCCUAACUUGCCAGUGCAUCUCUUUACACAGCUCAAAUGCUUAUACAGUCUCCAUUUGUCCAUGUUCAGUUACUAGAGUACCACUAAGAUCACAAAUCUCCUUUCUGAAUUGU